CAUGCAAAUCUUGAGCGACAUUUUUAAAACAAUACAACGAUUCCAGUUCAUGCGAGAAUAUUUCCAAUUUCGCUUAUGCAAACUCCACCAAAAGAAGCGUUCCAAUCUAACACAGAUGGAACAGGCUGAGAAUCAACGUGCCUAUUUGAAGCUCGACAAAAAAGAAUGAACGCGAACGUUAAUGAAUCGCUUUUAAUAAACAUGAAACCGACAUCAACUAGUACCACAUAGGUACUUGCCACUUUUACUUACGAAGUGAAUGGUCGGCUAGGUUUCAAUCUAUUUCUAAUGGGAACAAAACAGCUGGCUGAUGGAAGAAGUUUUUCAGUUGUGCCGUAUUUGAAACUUUCGUAUCCACACGAUGGAGUGGAAAAGGGUUCAGUACGAACACAUUCAAGUAGCCGCGUGAUUUUCCUUGAUGAGAAUGGGGAUAAAAUUACAGAAGGGGACAAAGAAGUACCUUCUUUGAAGGAACAAGGCCAGAGGACCUCAAAGGAAGCAAAGGCAAGAAGAGGUAGUGCUUUGUUGGUUAAAAGACGAAGUGUAUCGCUGGACGCAGCGAAUUUCAUGGCAUAUUAUGUGAACAGGAGAAACAGCAGCCUACGUCGAGACCACUUCUUACGAUCGUUUGGUAAAACAACUCUCAGGUAUCCAAACUUAAACGACGAAGAUAUCGAGGGAGAUGUUUUUAAUGGGAAAGCUGCUCCACCGUACAUAGAAGAUAGAGAAACGCCUUUAAACGAGUCCGUAAAGUCUUUCCUAAGAAGAACUGCAUCUGCCAGCCCUGUCUUAGUUCGUCCAGCUUCAAGCAAGAAACCCUGCUCUUCUACCCCGGUAAAAAAUUUGCUCGAACUCAGAGGUUCUACAUAUAACGGGGAACCCUCUUGCAGUGAUUUAACGGCAAAGAUACGAAAGCAAUCGGCAAAGAGACGAAUUAAGCGCAUUAUGGAAGCAGAGAAAGAAAAAGCAGAGAGAGAAAAAGCGGAGGAAGAACUGAGAUUGAAAGAGCAAGAGAAAAAGAAGAAAAAGAAGACUUUUCGAGGCGCAGCUCUUGCACUCAUGGUAACGAACGUUUCCGCUGCAGGAUUCAACUUUAAAUCUUUCUCAGAAAAGAAAAAAUGGCUCGCUGAGAAGAGGUUGUGGACCAGACAAAUAGCGAGUACUAAAUUCCGUUGGGCCGUUCGCGUGGUUGUGGUUCUCGGCCGUGUAUUAAAGGCAUUAGUAUCCUACUCCACCGUUAUGGUACCAGAGACUGCGGCUCAGAGGUCCUUUCGUACCCUGCGUGAUAAUUCAGAAGUCAAGGAAAUGUUAUUUAACAAAUCAUUGUAUCAAAGGGGAAAAUCGCAAUAUGCUUAUGUACCUGAGUGGGCCAAGCGGAUAUUGACGAAAUCUGCCAUGGAAAGAUCUGAGAAUGAACUGAGUCAACUCCACUCCAUGCUCAAGGGCCUCACAUCUUAUGACAAGUUCACCUACCGCAUCCAACUCGCCAUGUGCAGGGCUAUGACAUACCUUAAAGUGGAGCACCCCCGGGUAGUGUUGCGCAAAGGACAUGUUGGUGUCUGUUUUUACUUCAUCUUUUCCGGUUCCGUGUUUGUCAACGUCGAGGAGCUGCUCACGAAGACUGGUCACGUGAUGUGGCAUACAGCAAUUACGUUGCAUCGAGGAGACAGCUUUGGGGAACUUGCUCUUCUAAGAAACAUCAAAAGAACUGCAUCAGUGGUGGUGAGAGAAGACACGGAACUCCUGAUGGUAGAAAAAAAUGUGUUCUCUAAAACAUGCCCCAGAAUCUACGACAAAGAACUCUUUGACAAGAUUAAAUUUUGCAAAGGUUUAUCUUUUUUCAGACAUUGGGCAGAGGAGGCACUAAGAAACGUUUGUUUUGAGGCACAAAUCCAGGAGUGGAAAUCGAAUAAGAUAAUCGUGAAAGACAGCAGUAAAGAGUUGGAAUGGAUUUACCUCUGUAUGCAGGGCAAAUGUUCAGUAAUUAAAGCACUUGAUCUGCGCGUUCCACCCAAGCCAACCCGUCUGAAGAGAGUAACGAACGAUGACAUUUAUUUUCCUUCCGGCGUACUGAGAAGAAAGCGUAGAACCCAGUCUGAUCCGUCCAAAAUUUGGAGAAAAGAACUGAAAGAGAGUUUGAAAACACCAUUUAGCUUUAAUGAAAAUGAAAUGGUGGAUGAAAAUCAGGAGGAUAAUGAAAGAACUUCCAUGUCAGAAUCUGAGUGGUCUGAUUCAGAAGGUGAGAUUGCAGGAGCUGAAAGGAUUUUGGAGGUGAUGGCCGUGCCAUAUAAGGAUGCGCCUCACGCUAAGGGAGACACCGAUUAUAUCGUCAAUGAAGAAGAUGAGGAUGAUAAAGCGGAAGUGGAAGCUGAAGUCCAACAACCUGUAGUCCAAACUGCCCCAUCUGAGCUAGAAAGACGAGAUAAGAGGGCAUCGGAGAGUUUUUCUGAGCUGAUAGAAACUGAAUCAAAAGCAGGAAAACUGAAUAAAGACGUGGUUUACUUAAAUAUAGCAUCGUUAAAGAACGGCGACAUCUUCGAUGUCUCUGAGGUUCUCAGGCCGACGGGGCGAAGGCUGAUGCUCGUCAGCAAAGGGGCGGUCAUGUUAAGAAUUAGAAGGGAUGACUUUUUCCGCUACUCUUCCAAGACGACGUUAAGGGUGGCCAGAAAAAUGGUGCAAGAGCUAGAUUAUCCUUCUGAGGACAUUAUCUAUCGCUCUUACAACGAACGUUGUGCGUGGGAACAGGUAAAAAACACACAACUUCAUUCUACUAUGAACAGCAUACAGGAGAAAUGUAUACGACACAUUAAGUCGUUCAAACAAGGCACACCUGGGGCAAAGAAACCGUUGACACCAGCUCGGUUUUCUCGCGGUCAAUCGAACGAGGAAGAGUUCGAUCAGUAUCUGUCAUUUGUAUAUGACAGCCACAAGGUUCCCGGAGAUGUCUUCGAAUCAGCUUCAUCUCCAUUUAGGAAGUCGACAAACGAGCAUUUGACUAGUAGUACAUUCAGAGAACGUACAUCUGGUGUGAAUGCAGGACAACCGAACAUAUCAAGAAAAGUUACUUUCAGCCCUUAGUAAUGUAAAUUAUUCCGAAAGUCGAUAUGUUAAUGCCUUUCACGCUGAUUACGCAUACUUGAAAACUUACAGCAGCCACUGAAGGCCCAAACCGCAAGGGGGUUGAGGUACGUCCCCCAAGAAAUCUUCACUUUGAUUAAGGAACUCCGUGUAGCAAUUUCUUAGGUUUUUUAUUGAAGAUUUUUUGAAUUGAAAUCAAUGAAUAUUGAACAUUUAGUGACUAUUGAUAUUAAGAUAUCAAACCUUAUUAUAUCUCUCGGUAAGUCCGAGUGAUCAAUUUAGCUGGCCGUAUUUCACUGUACAUCCCGCUCAAAACAAAAGUUUGUUUGAAUUGAAAUCUUCCAACUCUAUUUUAAUCCAGAGAUACAAUAGAUAUGUUAUUAACCUCACGGUCCGUACUAAAAGUUAUGUAAUCUCGUGUUUUCCGCUUGGACUUACGACCCGCGCGCCGUGCACAGCUUUAAGACCCACAUGUCUGCAAGCCCCACACAAAGCCAUGCUCACUCUGUACUCUCUGCUCGGCUCGCUACUGACCUCUUUUAAACUUUUGGGUGUAUUUAUGAGCAAACACCAGAACUAAGCCAACAAAAAACAUUCAAAUCCUCUGACUAUUUAUUAAAUAUACUUUUACCCUUU